GCUAAUAGUCUUUUGGUCGCACACACCCCUGGCGAUGCCGCCCAGACUUGGCGCGCAGCAGGCUCCGGUUGAGGCAGCGGAGAUUACGAGGCUGAAAGCUGAGCUUCAAACGCUCUCUAGGACCCGUCCUACUCAAGACGUGUCUGGGCGAUACACUCAGCUGUAUUUUGCGGCGACUCGCGCCGAGGUUGACAAGCUAGAUGGCAGCCUGGAAGCAAGCGUGCUGGCGUUGCUCGCUGCCGCUUAUGGUGCAGUCGGGCGGAGCAUUCUCGGCACCGCUGGCGCCAACUUGCGGGUGUGGGCAUUCCUCGGUUCCGAAGUUCGCGAGCGCUGCAACCCGCGGCUGGUCCUGGCCCUGCUGCGCUCGGAUACUCUCAGCCUGCUCGCACAGAUCUGCUCAGCACUGGGCACGGCCAAUGGCGGCGAUGCUGCCGGUCCCUCCACCAGCAGCAGCAGUGCCAUCCCGCGCAGUGCACAGGUGGCCAUCGUCGGGCAGGUGUCUUACAUGCUGUACAGCAUCAUGCGCACGGUGAACGCAGAACAGAGCGCAGCGCUAUCCGGGCUGGCGAUCGCGCUCGGGCGCAGCCAGCUUUUGGAGCAUCUCACCAGGGCCAUCGUGCGCCUGGCGGCAGUGCUGCCACCGGGCGUGCGCGGCAGCGGCGACCCGGACGCCGCUUGGGUUCGUCUCCGCAAAGCAGGUCAGGAGUCUUCAGAGGCGUUUGAUGCGGAGGCGGACUGGGCUUGCCUGUGCCUGGCGGUCGAAGCUGUGUGCCCGUCAGUGGCACUCGUCAUGCUUACACAUGACGUGAGGGCGGGCGCCGCCAGCCUUGCGCCUGUGCCGCACCCGGCCUAUGCAAAGACAGACUCCGAGCAGCUGGCAUAUGCGUCCCAGCUGCGUCUGCUGCUGUCAGGGCGAUGCGUGCAGUGGUUCGUGGUAUGGGCGCUGCAGGCCGCGUUCCUGGGCGCGGCAGCUGCGGCGGCUCCGGGCGCAGCCGCCGCGGCAGCAGCGGGGCCCCGGCCCUCCGGCCCCGAUGCGCCACAGCAGGAGGUGCCGCGCCUCCUGCCCCUUCGCCUUCCACCAGCGCCAGCGGCUCUCCCGGCGGCUGGCACGCCCAUCGCCGCUUGUGCCGCUGUGGUGGCGGCCGUGGCCCUGGUCUUCCACGUGACGGUGAGCGGGCCCGGGCACCUGCCAAUCGCGCAGCCGCCUGUCGGCUACCGGCCGGCGGCGGUGCCGGUGCAGCAUGCAUCCGGUGUGGCUGCUGCCGGUGCAGGUGCGUAUGCCGCUGCAACUGCCACGAAGGCUGGUGCCGGCAGCUCAGGGCGGGCGGCAUUGCACGGUGUCCCCAACAGCGCCGUUGAAGUGUACGACUUGAUCAAAGCGGCCUGGCCAGAGCUCUCUUACUCGGGGACUGGCGGUGGUGGCGCCGGUGACGGCGGAGGCGCCAGUGACGGCACGCGCUUGUGUAGGUCAGCCCCGGCGCUGCUGCUGUGUCGGCUGGUGACUGAGCUGCGGCCACACCAGGCAGCGGCGCGGCUGCCAGGGCUGUGGCGGGAGGUGCUGGUCCCAGAGGCGGGCAUCAUUGUUGGCGAAGGCCACGACACUUAUGUGGGCGAGCUGCUUCGGCUGCAGGUGCCCGCACCGCCCCUGGCGGCUGGCGCGCCGCCGCCGUCAGCAGGGGCCAGCAGCUACAGCACCUACAGUCUGCACUGCGCGCUGGACGCGGGGCUGCUGCCGGCACUGGAGCGGGUCCUGCGCAACGAGCAUUCGUGGGCGGUAGGCAUCCCGGAUGGCAGUGAACUCAGCAAUGGGCCUGGUUGCGCCAGUAGCACCGGCCCUCAACCCGAUACCAACAACGUCCUCCAUAUGCUGCAUGAAAUCAACAGUAGUUUACGCUAUUCGGGCUUGUGGCCGGCGGCGCUUUCACACGCGCCGCCGGAGCAGGUGGUCGGGCUAGUAGCGACGCUGACGGCGGCGGCGCGACGGCUUUCCCAGCGGCCGCCGGUCAUGCUAUGUGUCGGGCCGCUGGCGGGGCGCCUGAACAAGAUGAUGCCGUACCAGGGAGACGCAAUGGGGCUGCUGUGUGGCAACCUGGCAGCGCUGCUGGAGCAGGGGCUAGACCUGGCGGAGGAUGCGGCGGCAGCGGAGGGCUCGGCGGCAGCAGCACGUGCAGCGCGGGAGGAAACGACGGUGUCGGUUGCAGGGGCUCCGGCGGGCUCCAGCAGCCACAGCCGCAGGCGCCGCUACCUGCGGCUGAACGACGCGCUGGAGGCUCCGGAGUCCGCGCCCAUGCAGUGGCCGUGGCUGGUGGCUGCUGGCGGCACGCCGCCGGCUGGGUCGGCGGCGGCGGCCCAGCGCGACUGGCUGUUGUCCUUCGCGGCACUGCAGUGGCUGCCGCUGCUGCUGGAGGACUUAGGUACAGCUCUCCCUGAAAUUUUGAAACUGGAGGAAGCAGUUGCAGACAGGGAGGAAACAGCCGCAGGCGGAAACGGAGGGCCCAUGGACUUGAACGCCCAUAGCUUGGAGAGGGCUGUGGUGGCGCUGCGGGUGGCUGGGGAGGUGCUGGCGGCGGCCGCGAUGGCGCAGGUAGAUGCGGAAGAGGCGCGACUGCGAGGCACGGACGGCGCCAGCGGCAGCAAGGGGCAGGCGGCGGCGGGCAGGGCGGGAGCUGACCCGGCGCAGCAGCAGCAGCAGCAGCAGCAGCAGCAGCCAACAAGUGCUGACGUCCUUCGACAGACCAACGCCCAAGCUCAACAUGACCCCACCGCAAGCAACCUCCAUGCCGAGCUGCCGAGCAACGCUCAACAGCAGCUCGAGUCGUGGCAGCCGGUCUUGGUAGCGCUUUUGGACGGCGGGCACCUGCAGCAGCUCGUUGGCUACUUCGCCACACACACGGAGCAGUGGGCAGGUCUCAGCGGCAGCAGCAGCAGCGACAGCACCGGUGACGGCACACGCUGCGGUGGCGCGGACAACACGGAUGCUGAUGGUGUCGGCGGCGACGGCCUGGAGGGCUGCGUAUUGGAUGCGCUGGAGGCCUUCUGCGCGCACCGGCCACAGGCGCUUCCACACUUGAUGCUUUCACGGGCCCGGAAGCUGGGCCAGGUGCAGGCUGUAACGGCGAAGUCGGGCGAUGUCGGUAGCAGCAGCUGGCCUGGCAAUACAGACAGCAGCUGCAGCAGCGGCAGCAGGAACCCGAGCGAUGGCAGCUCAGCACCGGCCCAACAGGUGGUGGUGCAUAAAGCGCUGUGGGACCUCAGUCCGUUGCGGGAGGUGGCGGCGCGACACGGGCGGUCGGAGCUGGUGCAGCUGAUUGACGCGGCGAGUGCGGAUGUUGCUGUUGCCUUUGGGAAUGCAGACGCAGCGACGGCAGGUGGCGAGGAAGGUGUGGGCAUACUGGUGGAUGCGUCCUGCAGCCACCUGAGGCGGAGGCUACUGCGGCGCCGAUACCGUGACGCGGCUGAGGGGGCCGGCGGCGGCGCCACUGGUUGCCAGCCGUCCCGUGCCUGGCGGUUGCUGUCGCCGUACGAGGUACGGCAGCAGGUGGAUGCCGCACUGGCGACGGCGGCGGCGGCUGUUGCACCUGCGGCGGCCACCAGCAGCGCCGGGGCGGCCAGCGGCUCGGGUGGCGGUGGCUCGGCAUCAGUGGCCGCGGCGGCGGUUGCGCCUGCAGCCCUGUGCGCCAACCCCGGCUGCAGCAGCCUGGACGGCCCGAGCGCGCUGGUGCCUUCGGGCGGCGGCAAGACGUGCUCGCGCUGCCGUGUGGCCCGCUACUGCUGCGGCCUGUGCCAGCUGCAGCACUGGCGCAAGGGAGGCCACGCCACGCAAUGCCCGGGCGUGGUCGCGGCGACUGCGGCCGCGGGCUCGGCUGCAGGUGUGGGUGCGAGCAGCGGGGCUGAGGGAGGGGCGGCAUAAGAGGCGUGGGGAUUUGUGUUACACACGUGCAGGGGCUUGGGGUUGCAUGGGCUUGGGGUUGCACUGAUUACUCUGCGCAAACGCGCAAAGUGAAUCGUAGGCGCUCCUUCAGUUGUUGGUUGCGAACGUGCCGCGGUUGCCCCGGGUGACUUACGCGUAGGGAACAGCGACUUGCAUUGCCACCAUGGCGGCACUGGACUCUGUUGGCAGCUGGUGCCGUGCUUGUGACCUCAGGCGGUGCACGCCAGUGCAGUUGGCGCCCUUAGUUGGGUGUGGCGAUGGGCAUUGCGUUGGACUGGAACCACUGAGGGCUUUCGGAAAUGAACCCAAAAUGCUCAGAACCCUCAGGGCGGCAGCAGCUAGGGCCGCAGCAGCAGCAGCAGCAGCAGCAGCAGCAGCAGCCAGGACCGGAGCUGCAACAGCCACCGCCAGGGCCGCGGCAACAGCAGGGCGCGGAGGGGCAACCGCACGUGCCGCCGAAGGCCAUUCCUCCCGAGGUCAAUCAGGGCUGUGCUUGGCCAAAUCAAAAAGGGUCAGCUGCUGCGUGAGUGCGUUCACGCCCGCCGCCGGCGCUGCUGGCCGCCCAGCGGCAAUGCCGCCCGGCACAGGCAGGCACAGGGGCGUAGUGCGGCGUGGGGUUCGCCGGCGAGGCGGCCGACGCCGCAAACCGGGACUCAGUCGCGCAUGGCUGGCGCGGCAUUGGUGGUUCGCCCCGCUCAAGUAGCGGAAGGAAUUGUGCUGGCGGCGGCGGCACUCGUUGUGGCGGCGGCGGUCGCAGCGGCAGCGGGGGUGGCGGCGGCGGUCGCAGCGGCAGUGGUGGCGGCAGCGGUCGGCUGCCCCCUCUGGCGCCGUGCAGAGUCAGAUGGUCGGCGUGCGGGGCUGGCGGCUGCCUGUGCUGGUGACGACGCAAGUCGUUGACGCGCGUACCCCGUUGACGGUGGAGCUCAACGACGUCUGGUACGGCGCCCUGCAGGAAGCAUGGAAGCUGGCGGGGGUCUUUGGGCUGCGCACCCAAGAGGCUGUGAUGACGGUGCUCCGCGGCGUGCAGCAGGGCCCUGGGCAGGGCGAGGGGUGAGGGCAGGACGCCAUAUUGAGUCACGUGGCAGAGGCCGGCGGGCUGAGCCAGCCCUGGCAACAGCCAGCCGCCCGGGGCCGUGCACAGGGGCGGGCAUCAGGGGGGCCCGCCGGUGGAGUGGAGGAGGAGCCGAGCGUGGCGGGUCAUCACCACGGUUGAUGUACCGCGGAAGUGUGUUGAAAAUGGUGGCUGAAUGUACGGAUGACGAUUACGGUAAAUAGUGGGCACGGCUAAGGCUUGCACCUUCCAGGGGUAGGCCGCGGCCGCUGGCGAGAAGAGCCCGAACCGCGUCCACACAGGGGCUCAACACUGCCUGGGUCAUGGCGUUUAGGGCGGGGGGCGGUGUUUGGCGAGGUGCGGGGACCGGGCUUAGCCCCACGCGACAAGAACGCACCAGUGGGAUCGUGGGCUUCCAGUGGAUAUGACGGGGUGCGUGGUCACCAGAGGUUGUUGUCGGUGUCUGGCUUGCUCGGUUGCCGGCUGCAAGGACACGCACGGACUUCAUGUUUGACAAGCUUGGGCGUGUCUGUGUCCCUGGAUGCAUGCGGUCACCAUAGGUCUUGGAUGCGGUGUGGGCGACUUGGGUCAAUUUGGUGUAUGGGACUUACCUUCCUUUGGAAUGGGGCCAAGCAACGGCUGGAAUGGGCAUGAUCCUGUCACUGCGAUGGCAGCAAAAGGUGGGACUGUGUUCAGACGACAACUGUGCGGUAAUUCACGUAAUUGGCGUGCCUGCCUUGCUGCUGUGUACGACAACCUACAAGUCACGCUGUAGGAGUAACGGUGCCUAGCGCGUUUCCUGCUACAUAGACCAAGCAGACUGGCCCACGUCUGCAAACCGAAUAGGCGUGCUCCUGGGUGCAUCAAGGCAUCAGGCGGAU